CGCCCUCGACGUGGCCUUCGCUCACAUUACAUCAUACUGCUGCCUGGUUUCAGUGAUACAGUAUCAUGAGCGUUUUAAUGGACGGCUGUGGCUCAGUCCUGUGACAAAACAAGGUUAUACUAGUCAUAAAAACUCAUAAAACACUCACACACACCUUUAAUCUAGAAGACAGUACAGUUUUCUGCAGAUGUGUCUCAAAUGCAGCCUGAUUGCGGUUUAACUCUUGGACAGAAUUGAAGAAUUGAAUUCUUUUAAUUUAUGGGUUCAAAUUUGAAUUGGCCACAUUCUACAGCAAGAUGAACUGAAAUUUGAUUUACAGGAAGAGGAUUUACUUUUAAAAAAAUUACUUGAAGAAAAAAAAUGUUAACUGAAACUAGAACCAUUUUCCAAAACCAUUUAAAUCAAAGUUAAAAUAAAAUUAAUAUUGGAUGAAAAAUAAUUUAAAAAAAAAACAAACAUGAAAAUUAGAAAUGGUGUCGUGGCUACUAACUACUGAAAUUAUUAAAACUGAAAUAAAAUAAAUGAAAGAUAAAUAAAAUAAUAUAUGAUUACAAAAGCACAUAACAAAAUUACUAAAACCUAAACUAAAAAUAAAAUUAAAACUGAAAAUAUAAAAAUAGAAGAUCAUUCAAAAUAUUAAUGAAUACUUUAAUCAGGGUAAAUAUAGUAUAUUUUGUUUAGUUUAUCUUGAAAUAUCUAAAAUGACUAAAACUAAAUGAACUAUAAGUUAUAAAUGAAAAAAAAUGAAUCAAAACAAACAUAUAGACAUAUUUUAUAAAAAUAAAAAACAAAAUUGUUUUGAAGUGAAAACAGAAAAAAAAAAAAGGCAAACUCAUAAUGUUAACAAAAAACAUAAUGCUAUAUCAAUGAUACUAAAAUAACAUUGACUAUAAUAGUAUAUAAAUCAUACAAAAAUAACAAUAACAUUAAAAAAAACUAACUACAAACAGAUCUGCUGGCUUCAAGACUUCUUAAACGUUUGACUUUAAGCCAUCAUUCAAAGUUCAUCUUGAUAAACCUUCCUUUUCUAGUAAAAAAUGACCCUUGUUUCAGCUACUGUUUAUGAUUUAUAUAAAAUGUGUCGUUUAGAAUCAGAUGGUGACCGUUUAUCAGUGUUGCCAAGUCUGUGGUUUUCCCGCAGAACUGGGUUACUGUAACACUGUUGCCGUGGGUUGUUUUACCCCGGAGUGUGAUUUUUACUGGGGGACCCCCCUCGAAACGCAAUUGCACUCGUUUUGAGUAGAAAUUAUGCGAGUUUGUUGUGAAAACCUGGCAAUUCCGCUGCAGUGUUGCCAAGUCCUCAGUUUUCCCGCGGAACUGGGCUAAGACUGUUGCCGUGGGUUGUUUCUCACGUCUGCGGGUUGAAGCGACCCCAAUAAUCUCAUAUUUAGCCUCUGCGAUUUGCAUUAUACCAGCUGGGGACCCUCUCGAAACACCUUCGGGCUAGUUUUGGGCUAGUUUUGAGUAGCAACCGGGAUGGGUUUUGUUGUGAAAACCUGGCAACCCUCAUAAAAGGCCAAGGAUUUUAGAGGCUAUUUUGGAGGUCAAACUCAAACUUUUCUCUAUUAAAGUCACAUGACACUUCCUGUAUUGACUUCCAUGGUGUUAUCUAGUGAAAGCCAUACAGGAGGGAGCAGAGUUUAUGGUUUUAUGACUGUUGAAUCUAUAACACACUGACACAGUCGUACACACUCCCAUCCUGGUACGGCGCUCGGGUCGGUGUGAAGUCUCUCCGCUGCUGGACUCGUGGGUUCAUUCUGAGUUUUUUGGAUACUGUGUGGAUUUGAGCCGUGUUAGUUGAUCAUGUCGACGGGGGUUCAGCUGCUGGGGUUUCUGCUGUGUUUGGGAGGCUGGCUGCUCUCCUUCGUUUCGUUGUUGAAUGAUUCGUGGCGCACGUCGACGUUUGCGGAUCAGGUGAUCACGUCUCUGUGGUACUAUCAGAACCUGUGGCAGUCGUGUGCCGAGGGAAGCACCGGCGUCACAAACUGCAAGCAGUUCGAGUCCAUGCUGUCUCUGUCUGGAUACAUCCAGGCCUGUCGAGCUCUGAUGAUAAUCGCUCUCAUUCUGGGUUUGCUGGCUGUCAUUCUGGCCGCGAUGGGACUCAAGUGCACUAAACUGGGCAGCACAUCUGAGGAGUCGAAGGGCAAGAUCAGCCUCACAGCCGGAAUCAUGUUCCUCCUGUCAGGUCUGUGUGUUAUGGUAGCCGUGUCGUGGUACGCCGCUCGAGUCGUUCAAGAGUUCAAUGAUCCUUUUUACGGAGGAACAAAAUACGAGCUGGGCCCCGGUCUGUAUCUGGGAUGGGCGGCAGGAGCUAUGGCUAUAUUGGGCGGAGGAAUCCUCUGCACUUCCUUUAAGAGUUCAAGACCUGCACAAACACGGACUCAAAACUAUAACUACAGCUCUUCACAGCCGCAGAAGAUCUACAGAUCAGCGCCGUCAGAAAACAGCACCUCUAAAGCUUACGUCUGAGCCUCUUAUUUUAGCUUUCUGUUUUUUUGUACCUGGAUAUGUGUAUUUUUUAGCACUUGCAUUUUAGAAGUCAACGAGUUGAGCUUAUUUAAUUGACUGAAUGUGCAUGAUUCAUCAGUGUUGAUUUCAAAAUGAGUUCAUUAUUCCAUAAUCUUGCAUCAAAAUGUAAAACUUUCUCAGCUUAUAUGAAAAGACUUCAGUAGAUACGCUGACAGUGUUUCGGAUAAGAAUUAGAUCCUCUAUAAUUCACUGUAAAAUAUCAGCUUUGACUCAGUUCUGAUAUGAAACACUCACUUUUGUUACUUGAAAUAAAAUAUUUCAAAAAGCAUAAACUUAUUUUAUUUCAGUUAGUUGCCAAGGCAAUAUUUCUCAUUUUUAUUUAGUUUAACUUGAUGUACUUAAAUAACUAAAACUGUAUGCAACUAUAGAAACUAAUACAAUGACUAAAAAUUUAACUAAAAAUAAAAACAAAUUCAAAAUAUUAAUAAAAACUGUAAUAGUAUCUUAAUAAUAUUGCUUUACAGCAUCACAUCAGUUCCCUACGCUGCAUAUUUGUUUCUCAUGAAAUCUGUUUUUUUCAUUAACCUUUAUGUCAUGCAAAUUUUCAUGCUAUGGAUCAAUUUAGUAUGUUAUAUAAAUGUUACACGGUCUGUUCUGGUGUUUUGAAAAGCUCGUUGUUUUCUGAAAUUGCUAGUAUGUGUGUUUUGUCAUUGUUUCUGUGAAUAAAACAAUGCUGUGAAGUUUUUGCAAUCGUGCAAACUGUUUUUUUUUAAUGUUUUACUGCAGUUAUCAGCCAAAUCCUGGAGAUUUCUUUCAUUUUCAGUUUUAUUGAAAAUAGCGUGUAAAUUAUAGCGUGUGCUUGAUUCCUUUGACGACAACCUGUUAAAAAAAUUGACUUUGUCCCUUCAGCUGAAUUAGACCAAUAAAGAUUCUUGGAUAUGAAAAUAAGAUAUUAUUUUAACCAAAAUGCAAAAUGGGAACAGCAUUUGUGACUGUUUGAAAUAUUAACCUAAUGACUUAUGUAAAGAAAGGUAUAUAAAAGGCUUCCAAAAACAAUGGCCUAAUUAUAAUUUGCUCACCAUAUUUAAUAAAUUAUUAUUAUUUUUAAACAAACAUUUUCAAAUAACUGAUAUAAUGUUCUUGUUUAUGGAUUAUGAUACAGGAUUAUUAGAGAUUGACAAUAGGCCUACAGUUCUCCAGUGUUUUU